AAAAAAACUCAAAAGACUGUGUGUUACAUUGGGUGCUUUUUAAAAAAAAAUAAAAGUGUUUGAAUUAUUAGAGUACACAAGACAGGCCCACGACAAUACCAACAAGCUCAUUUCUAUGUUAUAAAUCCACGUGUGUUAGGGUUCCUUUGCAAGUGAGUUAGUAGUAUAAAUAGGAUUGUAAUGUGUUGUGACAAAGUAACUUUGCUGCCUUGAAAGGCAGCCUCACUUCUCCUUAAUGAAAUAUCAAUUUAAGUUCUUGUGUUCUUGGUGACAAAGCUAAAGCUUCUUCUCUUCUUUACUUUCUUGUUCAAUAAAGCUUUAAUAAGCUAUCUCCAUUUCUGUUUAAAUAAAGCUCUAUGAGCUCAAUCUUUCUAGUUUCAUAAACACUUACAUGAAUGUGAAUAAAGAAUAACCUAAUGAAAGACUAUCCUAACUGCUUAUUCUUGAUCCAAACCAGGUCAUUGUUGAUCAUGAUGUCUCUACAGUUAUGGAUUGAAUGAAUAUGAAAAAUGGAUGGUUCUCUACAUAUUAGUCACAAAUUUUGGUUUUCAACUUGUUAUGUCUAAGACCAACCAUGCAGUGGUCCUGAGCAUAGCGAUUAGCGAAGUAAAACAUUGGUCUAUGGUCACCAAAUAUUUUUUAACAAGUUAUAUUGAAGAAGAUUUUCAUAUUGUUAGAUAAGAUACAAUAUUUAUAUAAAAAAUUUAUUUUGUUAAAAACUUACUAAUAUGUUUAUGCCCGCCAAUAUUUCAGGGACGCCCCUUCCAUGCGAAUAAUCAUAUGUCGGUGUAUAUGACAUAAAGAAGUCUUCUUUGGUUGGUUGAAGGAGGCUUUUGAAAAGGAAAGACAAUUUAUCAUAGUGUUACUAUUAUCAUCCUAUCUCAUUUUUGGAUCUCUCAACCAAUUUGUGAUCGAUCCAUUUUUGUCAGAAUGGCCUUAUCAAAGAAUUCUUAUAACGUAUAUCGUAUUCACAACUUUUUUUCUCCUUUCAUUAUUCACCAAACUGUGUAGCUUUUCUAUCCAUGUUUUUCUUCUUUUAAACGUAGAGCGCAUCACUUUAAUAAAAUGAGAAUGAUCUGUAAUAUUCGUUUCAUCAUGCAAAUUUGGUACGAUGGAGAUACGGCAACCGCUAUUUUUAGAAAAUACUGAUUUUAAUACUACAUAAAAACAAAAUAUAGGAAACAAAUUAUAUAGACCAUCGCUGGACAUAAGAAAAAUGUGUAAAUAUAUUAAGAUUAAGACAAAAUUAAUUCAAUGAUGUUACGUUUCUAAUUAUUAACUUCUGGUCGGAAGCAUAUUAUGGGACUCGUCUCUGAAACGUGAAAACCAACGCGGUUCUUUCUGUUUUAUUAGUGCCGAUUUGUCUUGUUCUGUAUCAGUCUUGAACUCGUUUCGUUUAUAAAACGCACGUAAAAUGUAGUUCAUACUUUGUAAUACAGGGACUAAAGUUUCAAGAUCACUCGUUGCUUCAGCUCUCUAGCUAGUGUCCUUGUAAGAUCUUCUAUUCACUCUCUUUUGCCAUCGUAGUGUAAUCUUCUUUUAGCCUGUUCUUGUUUGUUUCUAGUAGCCAGAACUGGUCAUGGGCAAAGCCGAAUUAAACAUUGGUCUUUUAGUCCCAACAAGUUUUUGAAAAAAAAUUAUAUAGGCCCUCAAUUUUGUAAACUAUCUUGUAGCAUCUGCAUAGUUUUGUUAUUUUGACUCGAGAGCUGAGUUUGGUACCAGAUGCUGAUUAUUUUGUUGAUAUUAGUUCAUUUACUUGGAACAAAUGGUUUUUUUCUUGCAUACAUCUGUUCUUGACUUGUAUACGGGUUUGUGGUUGAACUAAUAAUUGGUACGUUUUACGAGAAUUUUAUUUCUUAGGAUUUGGUCCAGCUUUUGGGCUCUUUCUAGAGCCAUUGGCUUCAAAUCGCGUCGCAAACUUAUUGGCUGGAGGUGACUUAGAGAUGGCAGAGAGGAGAACCAGCAACGGAGGAGACGUUGUUAUCAAUGUUCCAGAGAAAGAAGGAUUUAAAGAUUCAGCACCAUCACCUUCUUCACAUGUACCGGCUUCACCAAACUCAGACACGGUGACAACCAAACUACAGCCGUUAACCAUUCUCCUUCCUGAAAUCAACAAAUUCUCUGGCAGCGUUCAUAAGCCGCCUAAGAUUCCAAGUCCCGUCACCGAAGGUCUAACUCGUAGGAGAUCUCUUUCGAGGUCAGUUUACUCCAAGUCCAACUCAAGGUUUGGUCAACAACAAUCUUACCGUUUUGACAAGACUAUAGUCGAGGAAAAUUCUGGAACCCCUACGGAACCGUUUGGUUCUGCUUCAUUUUCAAAGCCUUCUCUUCACAAGGCUUCCCCUAGUAACAAAUCGAAUAAAAGCACUAGCUCAGUAGCCCUGAGUAAGGUUGAUGAGGACGAAACUGAUGAACAUGAAGAAAUCUACAAAAGGGUUAAACUACACCAAGUGAAGCGUAGAGGAAUAAGACCUCUAGCUCUUCUUGAGCUACUAGUUUUUGUGGCUAUUCUCACCACGUUGGUUGUGUGUUUAACUAAUGGUUCGGUGAAGAAGCAUCGCAUUUGGGGUUUAGAAGUCUGGAAAUGGUGCGUCCUUGUGAUGGUGACGAUAAGUGGCAUGUUCGUGACAAACUGGUUCAUGCAUUUCGCGGUGUUCAUCAUAGAAAGAAACUAUCUCCUACGUAAAAAGGUCUUGUACUUUGUCCAUAGUUUGAAGAAGAACGUUCAAGUCUUCAUCUGGUUCGGUCUGAUCCUGGUUGCUUGGGUGUUUUUAUUCGAGGAUGACGAUAAACGCUCUCGCAAGGCCAAGAAGUUUCUCGACGCUAUAACUUGGACUCUCGUCUCCCUUCUCGUAGGUUCAGCCAUUUUCUUGGUGAAGACGUAUGCAUUGAAAGUUCUUGCUUCGAAGUUCAACGUCAGAAACUUCUUUGAGAGAAUUCAAGAAUCUGUCUUCCACCAAUACGUACUCCAGACUCUCUCGGGACCUCCGCUUAUAGAAGAGGCAGAGAGAGUUGGACGUGAGCCAAGCACUGGCCACCUUAGCUUCACUAGCACCAAUGGAACGGUGGAAGAGAAGAAAGUGCUUGAUAUGGGUAAGGUUCACAAGAUGAAACAAGAGAAGGUCUCGGCUUGGACAAUGAGAGUUUUGAUUGAAGCUGUGGGAGCUUCAGGUCUCUCAACCAUAUCUCAUACUUUAGAUGAGUCUAGCAAUCGGAAGAAGAGAUCUGAUAAAGAGAUUACUAAUGAGAUGGAGGCUGUGGCUGUAGCUUAUGAUAUUUUCAACAAUGUUGCUCAGCCAAACUCGAGUUACAUAGAGGAAGAUGACUUGCUGAGAUUCAUGAUUAAGGAAGAGGUAGACCUUGUACUCCCAUUGAUAGAAUGUUCCGAGACCGGAAAAAUCACACGUAAAGCUUUUACAGAAUGGGUGAUUAAAGUUUACACAAGUCGGAAAGCGUUAGGGCACUCACUGAACGACACAAAAACAGCGGUUAAGCAGGUGGACAAGAUUUUGACUGGAGUCUUGUCUGUUAUCGCUUUCAUCAUUUGGUUGAUACUUAUGGAUAUAGCAACGACCAAGUUCUUGGUGGUGUUCUCCUCACAAUUUGUUGGUCUUGCCUUUAUGAUCGGAAGCACUUGCAAGAAUAUAUUUGAAUCCUUUGUGUUUGUCUUCGUGAUGCACCCUUAUGACGUCGGUGAUCGUUGCAUUAUCGACGGCGUUGUUUUGUUGGUUGAAGAGAUAGAUCUGUUAACUACUGUGUUCCUCAAGAUUGACAACGAGAAGGUGUUCUAUCCAAACGCAACUUUGAUAUCGAAACCAAUAAGCAAUUUCUACAGAAGUCCAGAUAUGGGAGAUGCAAUAUUAUUCUCCAUCGCAUUCUCAACGCCAGCGGCGAAAAUUGCCACUCUCAAGGAAACUAUAUCAGAAUAUUUGGUGCAGAAUCCGCAAAAUUGGUAUCCUAAUUUCCUUUUCUUGGUGGAUGCCAUUGAGAACGUGAACAAGCUGAACUUGAAUCUGAUCGUCACACACACCAUCAACUUCCAACACUUCACAGAGAAGAGGCUCAGGAGAACUGAGCUGGUCAUCGCGGUUAAAAGAAUCCUCGAGGAGCUUGAGAUCGAGUACACCUUACUUCCUCAAGAUGUUCAUCUCAUUGGUCACAAAUGAUCAUUUCCUUUUUCUCCUUUUGCAUGUAUUAAUUCCACUUGUACUUGUUAUUAGCGCAUGAUUUGCUUCGGUUUAAUUGUACUCAAGAACUCGGUUUAACAUUUUCAGUAUUGAUUUGUUAAUGGAUUUAAACCAUUAAGCACUAUAUAUUAAGUGAAAUAAUCUGAUUUCUAGAUUUGGUGUGGACAAUUACCAAUAACAAAGCGAAUAUAUUGAUGAGGAAGAUGUUUCUUAGUAAGCAACAUAGUUUCUCAAACAAACUAAACCGGAAUAACUUGAGGAA